UACAAGCUUCCAGGAAAAACCAUGUAAAUUAAGAUAGCAUUUCUCUCAUCGUUUUCUUACUUGGUACUUCAUUUACAUACCGUGACAUCUAUAAAUAUCCAUGGUGCCUAAAUAGAUAUAUAAUUCAUAUCUUGGCUCUUCUGUCCUUAAUUGGUCUUUCUUUGAGCUUUAAUCCAAUGGCAAUUGUCAGUUCCCAAGAAACCUCCUCCUCCAAUUCUCAUUGUAGUUAUGAUGUGUUCUUGAGCUUUAGAGGUGAAGAUACUCGCAAGACGUUCACUGACCACCUCUGCACAGCUUUAGUGCACGCAGGAUUUCGUACUUUCAGAGAUGAUGAUGGAAUUGAAAGAGGGGAGAAUAUUAAGUUAGAAUUGAACAAAGCAAUUCAAGAGUCGAAGAUUUCAAUAGUUGUCUUCUCGGAGGACUAUGCAUCUUCAAGUUGGUGUCUCGAUGAACUUGUCACGAUCCUUGAACGCAGGAGGACAGUUGGACAUGUAGUUCUACCUGUUUUCUAUCAUGUGGAUCCAUCUCAUGUGAGGAAGCAAAAGAAAAGUUUCAAAGAAGCAUUUACGAGGCAUGAAGAGAGAUUUCGUGCAGAAGUGAGUGAAAGAAAAGUUGAAUGGAUUGGCAAAAUGGAAGAAUGGAAGGCAGCACUUAGAGAAGCUGCAGAUUUGGCAGGGAUGAACUUACAAAAUCAAACUGACGGACUUGAGUCAAAGUUUAUCCAGAAAAUUGUGAAAGUGGUUGGAGACAAACUAAGUCGCACAACCUUGGGUAUUGCCCCCCACCUGAUUGGAAUAUAUUCUCGAGCCAAAAACAUUGGGCUUUGGUUACAAGAUGAGUCUAGUGAUGUUGGUAUAGUCGCAAUUUGUGGGAUGGGUGGAAUAGGGAAAACAACUAUCGCCAAAGUACUAUAUAAUUCGAACUUCUCAAGAUUCGAAGGUAGCAGUUUUCUUGCGAAUGUAAGAGAAAUUUUAAAACAGCAAGAUGGUUUACUUCGAUUACAACGACAACUUCUUUCAGAUAUGUUAAAGGGAAGAAAGGAAAAAUUGUACAGUGUUGAUGAAGGAGUUGUAAAGAUUAAAAAUGCAUUAUGUUGCAAAAAAGUUCUUGUAGUCCUUGAUGAUGUGGAUACAGUAGAUCAAUUGGAUGCAAUACUUGGAAUGAGAGACUGGCUUUCUCAAGGUAGUAAAAUCAUCAUAACCACUAGGCGUGAGCAAUUGCUCAAGGCUCAUGAAGUUUGUCAAGUGCACAAGGUUGAAAAAUUGGAUAAUGAUGAAUCCUUAGAGCUCUUUAGUUGGCAUGCCUUUGGGAAAAAUUGUCCCAUUGGUGGUUUCAUUGAGGACUCAAAAAGGGUGGUACAUUACUGUGGAGGGCUUCCAUUAGCUAUAAAAAUUUUGGGUUCUUCUCUGUCUGGAAAAAGUUUAAAUAUCUGGAAAAGUCAAUUAGAAAAAUUGAAAGCAUUUCCUGAUCAUGAAAUCCUUGGAAAACUCAAAAUAAGCUAUGACUCUUUACAAGAUGACCACGAUAAAAAUUUAUUCCUCCAUGUUGCUUGUUUCUUUGUUGGGAUGGAUAAAGAUUGGGUAGUCACAAUUCUAGAUGGAUGUGAUUUUUACACAAUGGUUGGGAUUCAAAAUCUCAUUGAUAGAUGUCUGUUAACAAUUGAUGAAUGCAAAAAGUUGGUGAUGCAUCAAUUGGUUCAAGAAAUGGGAAGAGAAAUUGUUCGGCAAGAAUCACCUAAGGAGCCAGGAGAACGUAGUAGACUUUGGAAUCACAAGGAUUCCUUGAAUGUUUUGAGAGAAAAUACUGGGACAAGAAAAAUCGAAGGCCUCACACUUGAUAUGAAUUUGUUCAAGAAAGACAAACAUGACAGGACAAUUUUUGGUGUUAAUAGAAAACGUCAUUAUGAUGAAUUCCUCGACACACCAUUUUUAACAAAUGUAGGCAACUCAUUUAAAAGAUACUGUUUUGGCAUGUUCUCCUCCAAGAAUGUAGGCACUGCUCUAGGAAAUUCAAAUCAAGUAACUUUGGAAGUUGAUGCAUUUGCAAGGAUGCAUAAACUAAAACUUUUGCAGCUCAAUUAUGUGCAAAUAAGUGGAAGCUUGAAAAUUUUUCCUAAAGGAUUACGAUGGUUAUGUUGGCAUGGAUUCCCUUUCAAAUUUAUACCCUGUGAUUUUCCUUUGGAGAGCUUGAUUGUUCUUGACAUGAGUUAUAGUAGCUUGCAAAAAAUUUGGGAAGGAGACAAGCUUCUCAAGUCACUAAAAAUCCUUGAUCUUAGUCAUUCCCAUUGCCUUAAAACUCCCGACUUCUCGAAAGUCCCCAAUCUGGAGAAGUUGAUAUUUAAAAAUUGUGCAAGGCUAGUUGAGGUUCACGAAUCCAUUGGACACCUUGAGAGACUUGUUUUGUUCAAUUUAAAAGAUUGCAAAAAUUUGAGGAAGCUCCCGAGAAGCAUUUGUAUGCUAAAGUCUUUGGAAACACUUGACAUCUCAGGUUGCUCAAAUCUUGAGGAACUGCCAACAGGAAUGGAGACUAUUGAGUCAUUAACAGUUCUCCAUGCAAAUAGAAUUUCCAUAAGUCAAUUACUCUCUACCAGUAAAGAGGUCAAAUCAUGGCAUUCAUUCAUCUAUCCCUCUCUGUUGAAGCCAAGAAAAAGCAUGGAAAUUUCAUGGGCUCUUUUACCACGGUCCUUGGUACACUUAAGUCUUGAGAACUGUAAUUUAUCAGAUGAUGAUUUUCCUAGGGAUCUUAGCAACCUAUCCUCGUUGCAGAUUUUAAAUCUGAGUGGUAAUGCAAUUCGUAGCAUCCCAAAUUGCAUCAGAGAUCAUUUUGGACUCCAAAUCCUUUACUUAGAGGAGUGCAAAAAGCUAUGGUCAGUUGAAGUGCAGCACAAAUUAAAAGAAUUAUAUAUCUCAGGAUGUAUAUUGUUGGAGAAAGUAACCUUUCAAUCACUUCCAUUAACCCUAGAAUAUAACAAUAUGUGUGGAAAUCGAUUAGCCCAUCACAGGUUAGCAAGACCAUUACUAUGGUUGGACCCGCAGCACAAUCUAGUUGAGUUUGAGGGAGAUUUCAAGUUUGAACCUCUAGGAAAUAUUGACAUGGAGAUAAUUAACAAUUUGGGCUUGUCCAACUUAGGAUCCAUGGGAUGCUCAAAUGUUAUGCUUUCAUGCCAUGGGUCACAGAAAGCAAGGAAGUUUCCCCUGCAGGGAUGUCAUGAAACACACAUAUUCUGUGCUUAUUGUUUGGGAAGCAAGGUUCCAGACUUGUUUAAUCUUAAAAAUGAAGGAUAUUCAAUAUCAUUUACUGUGCCAUCGCAUCUUAAUUUCAGAAUCCGAUGCUUGAGUGUAUGUUCUAUUUAUGCACUUUCUGAUAAUCAAAAAGGACAUGAAUAUAAUUGGGACGCACACACUAUUAUCAGCAAUACGACCAAGAGUUUGAUUUGGAGUCAUUCCCCACAUGUCUUUGGCAUUCCAGAAGCUGAUGAGGACAUGAUGAUGUUAAGUUAUUGGAAGUUUGAAAAUCAGUUGGAAAGUGGCGAUGAACUGAAUAUUUCAGUGGUUGGAGAUGUAGAUUUUCAAGUGAAGGAGGUCGGAGUCCAUCUUGUGUACAAGGAGCAAGAAGAGAAGAGUAGCCAAUCAACUAGUGAAGAAGCAUCCCAACAAUUCUCUCUCUAUGGAAAUGUAGUUCCCGGAAAUGCAUCUGUAGUACGUCCAGCGCGCAAAAAAGUCUACAGUCUAGGCUGUCAAUGGGAGAAUUGUAGAAUUUGUGACGGUCUAUAAUCUCAGCCUUCAUGCACUACUACCUCGGGAAUUGGUUGUUAAGGAUUUCGAUUAAGUGAUAUGAAUCAGUUGUAUAUUGCUAGUGCUUCUGCUUUGUGAUUUUCUGUUAUUUAGGAAGAAGUUAUUUCAGUGAGAGAGAAUAUGUUGCUACUUUUCUUUGAUUUUGAUGAUGCUGUGUACUACUGUUUAGGUGAAGCUACUGCUACUGGGAUUAUAUUUUACUUUGGAAUUGCUCAGAGUUAUUUUUAAUUUUGAAUUA